AUGCCUUUCGGUUUGACUAACGCGCCGGCAGCCUUCAUGAGAUUGAUGAACGACGUGUUCAGGGAGUAUUUGGACGUGUUUGUCAUCAUUUUCAUUGACGAUAUUCUGGUAUACUCGAGGAGUCAGGAGGAGCAUGCGACUCACUUGAGGUUGGUUCUGGAGAAGCUUCGGGAGCAGAAGCUUUUUGCUAAGUUGAGCAAGUGCAGUUUCUGGCAGCGAGAGAUGGGAUUUCUUGGCCACAUUGUUUCUGCAGAGGGAGUUUCUGUGGAUCCGGCUAAGAUUGAGGCUAUCAGAGAUUGGCCUAGACCUAGUAGUGCCACCGAGAUCAGGAGUUUUCUGGGUUUGGCAGGAUACUACAGGAGGUUCGUCAAGGGGUUUGCUACCAUGGCGCAGCCGAUGACGAAGUUGACCGGGAAGGAUGUCCCUUUUAUUUGGUCAGCUGAGUGUGAGGAGAGCUUUAGUCAGCUCAAGGAGAUGUUGACUACUACACCAGUGUUGGCGUUACCCGAGCCAGGGAAGCCUUACAUGGUGUAUACAGAUGCUUCAGGCAUUGGUCUUGGUUGUGUGCUGAUGCAGGAGGGCAGAGUGAUAGCAUAUGCUUCGAGACAGUGGCAGGGCAGUGAGCGUAACCGUCCUACACAUGACUUAGAGUUGGGAGCAGUGAUCUUCGCGUUGAAGAUUUGGAGGUCUUACUUGCUAGGUGAGACAGUACAGGUCUUCACGGAUCACAAGAGUUUGCAGCAUAUCUUCACUCAGCCGAUGAUGAACGCGAGACAGACGCGCUGGGUUGAGUUCUUGGCGGACUAUCAGGUGAGCAUUAACUACCAUCCGGGCAAGGCUAACCUAGUGGCGGACGCGUUGAGUAGACGGAGGUAUGAUUCCGCAGUUGAGCGAGAUGUGGAGUCUCUAGUUGGCGAGAUCAGUACCUUGCGUUUGUGUGCCAUUUCGCAGGAGCCUUUGGGUUUAGAGGCAGUGGAUCAGGCGGAUCUACUUAGCAGGAUCAGAGUUGCUCAGCAGAGUGAUCAGAGUUUGCUAGAUGCGACGAGAGUGACUGGUUCUGAGUAUGAGGUCUCUGCGAAUGGGACUAUCUUGGUUCGUGGGCGAGUUUGUGUGCCUAAGGAUGUGGAGUUGAGACAUCAGAUUUUGGGAGAGGCUCACGCGAGCAAGUUUUCCAUUCAUCCGGGAGCGACCAAGAUGUACCAUGACCUCAAGAGGUACUAUCAUUGGGUCGGGAUGAAGAGGGAUGUAGCAGAUUGGGUUGCGAAGUGCAACACUUGUGCCUUGGUGAAGGCAGAGCAUCAGGUUCCGGGUGGUCUUUUGCAGAGUUUACCCAUUCCAGAGUGGAAGUGGGACAGGAUUACGAUGGAUUUCGUGGUUGGACUACCUGUUUCGAGGACUUUCGAUGCUAUCUGGGUGAUUGUGGAUCGGUUGACUAAGUCUGCACAUUUCUUGGCCAUCAAGAAGACAGAUGGAGCUGCUGUCUUGGCUAGGAAGUUUGUGCGAGAGAUUGUGAGGCUGCAUGGAGUGCCAGCUAGUAUUGUGUCAGACCGUGAUCCCAGAUUCACUUCAGAGUUUUGGAGGGCGUUUCAGGCAGAGAUGGGCACUAAGGUGCAUCUGAGUACAGCUUAUCAUCCGCAGACAGAUGGUCAGUCAGAGAGGACUAUUCAGACUUUGGAGGAUUUGCUGAGGAUGUGUGUGUUGGAUUGGGGUGGCCAUUGGGCAGAUCACCUGAGCUUAGACACCCCUAUGCUGGACCCAAGUGGGGGAGCGCAGCAUGUAUGGAGCUACUUAUGUUCAGGAGACGACAGAGAAGGUCGUGUUGUGAGGCUGAACAUGAAGGAGGCUCAGGAUAGGCAGAAGAGUUAUGCAGAUAGACGCAGACGAGAGCUUGAGUUUCAGGUUGGAGAUAGAGUUUAUCUCAAGAUGGCUAUGUUGAGGGGUCCUAACAGAUCCAUAGCAGAGAACAAGCUGAGUCCGCGAUUUAUGGGUCCGUUUCCAGUAGUGGAGCGAGUUGGGCCAUUGGCUUACAGGCUGGAGUUGCCUGAGAUUAUGAAAGCCUUUCACAAGGUUUUUCAUGUGUCGAUGCUGAGGAAGUGUCUUCACCCUACAGAGGAGUUAGUGGCUAGGAUUCCAGAGGAUCUUCAGCCAGAUUUGACAGUGCCGGCAGUGCCUGUGAGGAUUUUAGAGAGGAGGGAAAAGGUUCUGAGGAACAAGAGGAUUCCCUUACUGAGGAUUUUGUGGGAUUGCAGUGGUUCUACAGAGGAGACUUGGGAGCCAGAGGCAAAGAUGAAGUUGAAGUUCAGGAAGUGGUUCGACAAGCAGGUCGAGGAGUGA